AUGGUCAUCCUCACCACCAUCACCACCACCACCACUUCCGCAGAACCUAACAUCGACAAGGAGCGAAAGGUCCUGCACAAAGAGCUCCGCCGCAUGCGCAGGUUCUACAAGGGCACCACCGACGAGGAUGAUCUGUACAUCCGAUUCCUGGCGGCCCACAACAAACAACUUGAUCUUCUCUUGACCGGGGCCCGCCGUCGGCUCCAGGCCCGGUUUCAGGGCAUGACCAUCGAGCAGGCCAUGCAGGGCGAGCUGCUGCGCUCGGUCGGUACCGCCCUGGGCAUGCUCCACGUCAUGGUCUGGUACAUCAUGGCCGCCAACAACGACGAGCAACACCUCCGCCGCCUGUAUGUCUGGGCCUAUAUGCGGCGCUAUCAGCUGGUCACCGAGGGCCUGGGGGUGCUCUCGGGCUUCUCCCUGCGGCUGUCACAUCAGCCGCUCGAGGACAGUCAGCGACAAUGGGACGAGGCUGUCGAGUUCUACACCUGGUGCGAAGCCGAGGCUCCCAAGUAUCGCCACAAGGAGGGUCUUGAAGCCAAUGUGCCUGUGUUGGAGGUGGACGAGGCACAGGAGAAGCAGAAGAAGCGGUUCGCCGCCCGCCUUCGGGCACUCCAUCUGCCCAAGCCCAAGAGUUUCUCCAAGCUGCUCAUGAACCGAGCCAACAACGGGAAAAAAUGA